ACUGUGUGAGCGGAAGGAUGUUCAGUAACGCAGUGUGAAUGCUUCAGUGAAAUGUUGAUAGAAUAACAAGAAGCUUUGUUUGCAGUACUGGUUCGUCAUGGCGGUUUCACUGUGUUACGUGUGUACAUAUAGCUAGUAGUGACAAACGCGCAUGCUAAUCGGUGUUUUUGUAACUAAGCGCUGACUGAAGUAAGCGCUGUGCUAAUACGAUUGGACAGUAGAAGUGUUGUCUAUUCAACCAUGGCAUCAAGAAAGGUUCCUGUGGCAGUGCUUAAAGAUGUUGUGGCAUAUGUUGAUGUUUGGUCUGCGAGUAAAACUGAGAAUUACUCUGAUCCCUUUAUUCACCAGCUUCAGGAUCUUGGUGCUCAGGUGUCUAAAACAUUCAACAAGCAAGUCACUCAUGUAGUGUUUAAGCAUGGCCACCAGGCCACGUGGAAUAAAGCCAAGAAAAUGGGGGUGAAGAUUGUAUCUGUCCACUGGGUGGCCAGGUGCAUGGAAAGCACGGCUCAUGCUGAUGAAGAGCAUUAUCCUGCUCAGAAUGAUGAAUCAAAGCUUAAUCAGUUGAAAAAAAGAACGCACCGCUGCAUGCAGCCAAGAGACAGUCCUGCAAGCACCCCUAAGAAAUUAAAAAGGAAACUGGACAAAAUGAUGGAAGACCUGGCUCGUUCUUCUCCCGUAGUUACAGGUCAAGAUACAUCUCCAUUCAUUAUCAACGAGGAGCAUGGAAUAGUGUACAGUCCCUCGUCUAGAAGAGCUGACACCAUGGCUCAGCGGCUGAAGGAAAUGAGAGCACUGCGGGAGAAUCUCUCCCCCACUGCUUCCCAAAUCCAGGACUCAGUAGUGAAUGAUGACUCUGCAAGACCUUCUCUUGGAGCCACACCCACAAACUUUUCCAUGAUGCUACUAGAGGAAGAAGAGGAGACCCCAGAAACUUCACCUAGCAGUUACCUCCCCAAAAGUGAGAAAGGAAGAAAGCAAUCCAAAAAAAAGCAAUCUUCUAAAAAGAAGUCUAAUGGACAUGUUGAGAACUUACCUCUAGACUUGGUUGAUGGGGUGACGUCUAGUACUUCAAACGAAAACAAGCAAAUUAAAGUCGAAGAAUCGGCUCAAAAUAAGAAGCAAAGAAGAUCCUGUUCUGAAAUGACCAAGCAAUCUUCUUUAGAUUCUUUUAUUUGCAAAACAUUCUCUAGAAAGUCAACCCCACAUUCUUUACCUCAAUCUGAAGAUUUCAAAACAAUAAAAUCCAGAAAAUCAUUAAGCAUAAGUAGGAAAUCCAGAAUCAGUUCACCUGUUGGCAGUACAGAAACAGAAAUAAGCCCUAUUCAGCAGCACACAAAAACAAAGGUCAUCAGCAGCCCACCUGAGUCUGGAAGGCUUUCAUCUUUAAAAACAAAUCCUUCAAAAUCCGAUUGUUUAGCCAAAAGCAAAGACCUAAUCACUCCAAAAUCUUCCCGACUGACACUUCAGAGGAAAAUUCAAGCUGGUGCGUUGGACUCCGGAAGCCAUAUGGACACUUCCAAUGAGCAAGAUGACAGUGUGUUUGAGGACUACUUCACUUCAUCCAACCGUCCAUCAAAGCCCAAAGUUGUUUUAGCACACUCAUCUUCUGGAGCUGUACAUUUGCCUUCAUUUGACCUGAAACCUGUGAACAGCCAAAGACGCAAAAGCCAAUCACACAAGAACUUUAAAAAGAACCAAAAACAUGAUGUUUUAAAUUAUAGAAACAACAAAGAGGCACCAGGCCUGACAAGAACAUCAGAUAAAAUAUUGCAGUUUCCGAAGGAAGACAUUUCUAGUCCAGGGGCUGUGUCCAGAGAAGAGCUCAAAUUUGAGGAGGCACAGAAAGAGCCUGCUGCAAAGAGACAGAGGAGGAGAACCAAGCAAAUAUCAGAUACACCUUCAGAAAGUGCAGACAGUAAAUGCACUUCAAAUGGGCUUACUGACAGAUGUUCUGAACUGUCUAGCUCAGAUCCAACCCAACAGGCUGUGAGAAUGGACAAGUACAUGAAGAAGAAUAGGACGUUAGUAAUGACUAGCAUGCCCACUGAGAAACAGCAGACGGUGCUCCAAGUGGUGAAUUGUUUGGGUGGUUUCACUGUGGUGGACACGGUGUGUGAAAGCACAACACAUGUGGUGUCGGGGAGUCCACGGCGCACCCUCAACAUUCUGCUGGGGAUUGCACGAGGAUGCUGGAUUCUCUCGUUUGAAUGGAUCUUAUGGUGUCUGGAGCACCGAAAGUGGGUUCCAGAGGAGCCAUAUGAGCUAUCUGAUCACUUUCCUGCUGCACCAAUCUGCCGUCUGCAGCAGCAUCUAUCAGCCGGAGAGCAUCAGCAGGAUCUGUUCCGUGAUCAGCCAGUCAUCUACGUGUCAUCACUGUCUCAGCCACCCUGCAAUAGUCUAAUAGAGCUAAUUCAGCUGUGUGGGGGUGCCGUGUGCAGGAGCAUCCGUCAGGCCGGUAUCUGCAUUGGAGAAUACAAGGGCAAAAGGCCAGAAGGUGCCAACUGUAUCACAGAACAGUGGAUUUUAGAUUGUGUGACCCAUCAUGUGGUGCUUCCAUAUGACAACUACAUUCUCGACUAAAAAGCUUGGUGAUGGCCUGCAGACCAGAAGCUGUGAAUGUUGUAAAUGUCUGUAAAAUAUGUAUUCAGUUAUUGCUGUCAGUAUUGCUUUUUAACUUCACGUCUUUCUGUUGCUUUUUCAGAUUAACUGUUUAAUAAAAUAUUAAAUAUUUUA